UCCAUAGUCAUCUUUCUAAAUAUUUGUAAUCGACAAAAUAUAUAUUUUUGUUGAUAGUGCUAUGUAUUUAUUAAAAUAAAGUAUGGUUCCGCACUAUUUACGGGUCGAAAUUAUUUGGCAGCAAAAGUAGACGAUGUUUAGGUAUAUAAAACUAGAUAAAGUAAUCUAGGGACAUACACAUAUCGAUAUAAAAUAAUGCGUUUUGCUAUAAUUAGAAGAACAUUAAGAUUACAAACGAAGGCAAAUUAAAGAGUGAAGAGAGAGCACUUGACUAAGACAAGAAUGGCCGUGAAGCUCAUUUACCUCUUUCUCUUCUUAUACAUUGCUCUUCUAAUUUCAGAAGGGAUGGCUACUACUCCAGGCCGGACUAUGAGCACAACCGCGGGAAGACGGGAUGGGAAGAGUGGUCGGACGGAAUGGCUGUACGUAGCCGGAGAAUGUGCGAAAUUACCACGUUGCAACAAAUAUUGCGUCUCUAAUGGGUUUCAUCUUGGUGGGUUUUGUGAGAAAUUGUCUCCUCAAGCUUCUUAUCUUUCUUGUGUCUGUAAAUAUACUUAGGUUUCAUCAAACUCACCUAUUUCCUCUUUCUUGGUGUUGGGAGAGAUAAUAAAGUGUUGUUCAGAAUUCUAGACUUGACUUGUUGGUCCAUUCUACUUAUAAUGGUUUGGACUUGUAAGCCUUGUAUAUCUUUGUUUGUUUCAUAAAAAAAAGAAGCACUAUCCUUUAAAGUUUUAUCUCAAAAUUAAUAAGAAACUUUGAAUUUGUUGUACAGAUGUGAUAA